GUGUCACUGUCAGUAUAAAAACCUCUCUCUUCACUCCCCAUCCCACUCUUCUCCUACUUGAAAGAGUUGAUUUAUUUUCUUCUCUGGAAUCUUCAUGGAUUUUCCUUCUGCAAACUCAGCGAAUGGAUUCUACUCGUUCAUGGCGAGAGGACUAGAGGAUCUCGAGAGGGUGUAUACGUCGAACAGCUUCAUGUCCGUACAGUUCCUGCAGAGCUCGCUGUCUCUCCUGCGAUCGUUCCACGCGCAGCUCACGCGCCUCGCCCUCAAGCUCCACCUUCCCGCCGGCGGGAAAUGGCUCGACGAGUACAUGGACGAGAGCUCCAGGCUCUGGGACGCCUGCCACGUCAUCAAGUCCGGCGUCUCCGCCGUCGAGGGCUUCUCCACCGCCGCACUCGGCCUCCUCGACCGCCGACAGGAGAUGUUGAGAGCGAUAUCAGGGUGUAAGAGAGAGGCGAUGGGUCUUGAAGAAGAAAACAGAUCAUUGCUAGAGAACCAUCUCCAAACGCUGCCGUUUUGGCCCGACGAAGCUACUACGGUUAUGGACUCUUCCAAGCUUCAGAACGGCUUCAAUGGAUUCCGCGGUGUCCUACACGCGCUGCGGGGCGUGAGCUCGCUCCUCCUCACCAUCCUCGUAUAUGGCGUCGUCUACAGCUGUUCAUCGGAUCCCGCGGCGGUUCAGACCCGGUUUCCGGCGGUCGGGUCGGGACUCACGGCGGCGAUGGAUCGGCUGCAGCAGAGGAUGACGGCGGAGAUGGGGAGGGGCGAGGCGAGUGCGGGGAUACUGAUGUACGAGUACAGGAGGAGCCAGGCGGCGGUGGAGGAGCUGAGGGCGGAAGCGGAGGCGGAGCGGCGGAGCUCCGGCGGAGAAGCGGCGGCGGAGAAGUGGUGGAGGGAGAGAGUGGAGGGAGUGAAAGGUUGGUUGAGGGUGGUGAGCUCUGGAGCUGAGAAUCUGAUUGGACAGAUUGAUGAUUUCUUUGAUGAGAUCGUCGAAGGAAGAGAGAAGCUUCUAGAUUUUUGUAGCCAGAGGUGAGAAUCUGAUUGGACAGAUUUUUGUAGAGAGAAUCACAUAAUCAUAUGAUCGAAUUAACAAAUUAUUGAAUUUGAUUUUCAUAAUGUUUUGCUUAAUUAAUUUUAGGCUUUCUCAUCUGGAAUUUUGGUGUGAGCAACAUAUGUAUGACAAGAUUCUCUCUUGUUAUUUCUUUUUGUUUGGUGAAAGAAAAUGAAAUUCCCAUUGGUCCAA